GGACUAUGGCAUUCUGGGAAAAGAGACCUAUUUCAGAGGUGUACAUAAAUGAACUUUAGCCACUAAUUACGAACUGCUAUAAGGAGCAAACUGGAUUAAUACACCUUAUUUUGUCAAUUUGGUGACAAUGUCAUGGUUAUAUCUAAAAGCUAAAUGAAGGUUUAUGUGUCCUCUAGGUGGCACUAGAGGAUCAUGGAUCCUGACGUUGUCCGCAUGUAUUCCUCCUCCCCCCCUCCUCUCGAUGAGGAUGGAGAGGAGGAAGACGAAGACGACUUUGGUGAGUUUGGAGGUUACUGCUGUGACGUGUCAUCUAGUUUCAGCUUCUCAGAGUACGACACGCCCGCUUCGUUUGGUCAGUCGUUUGAGACGGAUACCUCACCUCCUGACAGAUACAACACAUUUACACUGAGUGUCGGUCAGCCAGAAAAAGAGUUGGCACUUAAAGAGGAAGAAAUGCUAAAGGACCGGGAAGCUCCAAAUCUCAAGUCACUGGUAUGUGCAAGUGAUGAUUCUGUGGACUCUGGGAAUGGAAAUCUGGAGACAUCUAAAGUUCUUCUCAAUGGUCCUUUAUCCCCUGACUUACAGGGGGAGUUCUCAGUGGACUCUGCUACAGGGAAGCAUAUCACCUCAGAGCGUCAGGAUUUCGAAGAUGAGCACAGCAACAACCCAAACUGCUUUAGUAAUGGCCCCAUCACUUUUUGCUCUGGUAAAGAGUUGGUGUUGCCUACAGUAACUAGCACCAAAAGCACAGAAUCUGUGGUAGUAUCUAGAGCGGAGGAUUCCUGCACAGUAUCUGAUAAAGCAGAGGAUCCUAUUGAUUCUCGUGAGAUACUGAAGGAUAGCACCUCUCAGACAAAGGUGUCUGAGGCUGUGGACACACUGGCAGGAGAAGGGGUUACUGAAACCCAGGAAGGUGAUUUCAGUCUGGAAGUUGAGGAACAAAUCAACAAGGAAAAAACUGAAAAGGAGGAAACAGAAGUUGUUGUGCUGUCUGGUACUUGUGGACCUUCUAGUGCUUCCUUUUGCAAAAUACAGAUACAGAGUCACUCUGAAGUAAUGGAAGAUGUUGCCGAUAAAUUGUUGGCACCGGUAGCAGAGAAUGUUCCAAUGUUUGAUACGAAGUUAAAGGAAAACUUUGAGAACUGUAACAAGGUUCCAGUAAGUCCUGUGGUUAAAGGACCCAUUGUGGUUCCUGGAAAAGUAGAACUGGAAGAUUUUGAGGAAAUGUGCUUGCCUGUAGUUGACCCAACAGAGGGGAUAGACCACGAUGAUGAUGCAGAUCCAGAUAUAAAGGAAGUUAAGAGAGUUGUAGUUCUGUCUUCAAUGGAUUCAGAUGAGGACUUUGGAGAUUUCAGGGACGACACUCAGGGUUUUCCAGACAACAGCCAGACCGAAUCCUUGAGUCAGGAGGGAUUUGCUGACUUUGUGACCGCACUAUCAGACUGCUCCUCGCAUGAUGAGUUUGCAGAUGCAGACACCCUGAAGGACUUGAAGGAAGAAGAUGAACUGGCUGCAGAAGAUGAAAAUGAUGAUGAUGUUAAUGAUAACGACGAUGACACUAAUAAUCAUGGAACGAUAUGUACAGAACUGCCCCCAAGCGAUAGCUUUGCAGAUUUUAGUUCGGCGCCGUUUGGAGGACUAGCAAGCACUACUGGUGAAAGUUGGGCAGAGUUUGGCCAGCAGGAGGAGUGUGAAGUACAGCAGGAGUCUUGGGUAGCAUUCGAAGAGGAACAGAAAAGUAUUGCGACAGCGCCCUCUAAUGAUAGCCUCCAGAAUGACAAUGUGUUGAAAAAAACUGAAGUACACAAACUGCAGUACCUUUUCCAAAUCAAUUUCCCUUUGGAGAUGGCUCCCGAGCACUCGGAUGUGCCGACCCUUCAGGCCCUGCUGGAGCCCCAGGACCAUGUGGAAAACAGGGAGUCUGGAGCCAUGUGGCGCCACCUGUUGGACAUCCACAAUGCCUACGGCCUCAAAGUGCAAUGGGUCGGCUCACACAGCAACAGAAUUCUGCUGGACUGCCUGGGAAUCUACAACAUUCUGUUUACUGGUCAGAACAAGCAGCCUGUCAUUGUACCCAUGUUUGCUGCCGGACUGGGUAUGCUUGAACCUACCAAAGAGCCUGUGAAACCCUCCUCCAUCUUUUCCGAAUCUUCACCUUUUCAGGGACGAUCCGCUCUAUGCACUCGGGUGGCGUCCUCAUUAAGCUUAGAUGAUGACGCACCAGGGGGCGCUGUCACACAACUCAACCUCGAUUUCUUUGGGCCUGUGGAGGACAGUAGCUCAGAUAUUGACACUGAGACACCGAUGCCAGGAGUGGAUCCAGAGUUGUAUGAACUGACCACUGCUAAAUUAGAGAGCAGUAAUGCUAGCAGUAAUGUAGCGGACGCUUUCACCAGACUAAUGGAGACCGCUGAAAAGAGUAGCACUGUGACCAGGAAGCCCGAGCGAGACGGAGAGAUAAGUCAGGAGGCAGCGCAGGUGAUCUCUCUCCUCCCCAAUCUGUCUUUCAUGCACGCAAGGGUCCUCAUGUUCCCUUCCACCCUGACUCCAGCGACCAGUCACCCAUGACGUUCCGCCUCCAGCCAGUUUUCACCUCAGCGGCUUUCAUCCUCCAGUGACCUCUGACCUCACCUGAACCCGUACCGCAGGUUCAUUCAUAACAACAAGAGAAAGCACCGUCACUUUCUCGAGCGCUGUUCAUCUUUUUUGUAGUGCAUGUUUUUGGUCUCAAUCCUUUGUCUUACGUCUUUGUGCAACAUUUAGAUUAAACUCAAACUGUGUUUUUUUUUCCUCUGAAAUUUCACCUGUGUAACAGAAAAACAACUGCACAUUUUAUUACUUGAAAGCUCACUAACUUAUUAACAGAACAGACUGACGGAUCGUUAGAUACCUUUUGCUUUGUGCUCCUUAAAUUUUUACUUCAUCGCAAAUCUUCUCGAAGUCUCCUUUCAUUCCUAACUAAGGUAGACGAGUAUUAGACAUUUCCUUUGUUGUGUGUUGAGUCCGUCUCCUUUAACCGAUCGACGAGCAUUUCUUCGAGAAUGUUACUAAAGACAUGAGUUUUUAUUUAUAACCGCUACCAUUAGGUAAGCAGCUGUCUAUUUAUUAUGUUAUAUUAUAUACAUUAUCCAUCUUC